CACCAACACAAUCCCUCACUAUAAACGAACAACACAUUUGACAGCGCGGUGGAAAAACGAGCCUUUUGUCCUAGGGCAGAACAGUACGCUUCCGUCCUAUCAACGACACCUGCCAAAAGCAAAGCGCUCAACAGAUUGGCAAAGGUUUGACAUCCCGCUAUUUUCUAGAGCCUGAAACCACCAGCAACCGAGCGGCGAUGCCCAUUUUUCAGAAGAAAUUCGCACCCAAAGUGGCGCCACCGCGUACCCAGCGUCUCAACAUUGGCUGCCCACCGCCGGCCGAAGAUUUGGACGACUUUCGCACCAUCACACUCAAUCUGGUCGAUAAGCAGCUCUGCUUCAUUGAUGGUGUCUGGCUGAACGGGCUGAAGCCGGGCCCGGGUGGCUCUGUAGCAUCCGGUUCCGGCGUCAACGUGACGGACGAUUUGCUGCGCAUGAAGCGGCGAAUGAAAGCGCUUGAGCAGGAAAACAACAUGCUGCAGGUUAAGCUGGACGUGCUAGUUGAUCUGCUGACAGAAAAUGUGAUUGAGCUAAAUGAAAUUAAAAAUCAAUAGAUAUCAAGACUAAUUGA